UUUGUGAUAAUUAAACGUAAGGCUGUUCCGUUGAAAUAUUGAAUUGUUGAAUAGUGAAUACUGAAUAUUUAGUACUUAGUAGUCAGUAGUUACUAAUAGUUAAGACUUUAACUUUAAAAGUUGAGUAUUGAUUUUUCAACAAAUAAACAAUAGAUAUUACAAUAAUGUUAAUUUUCAACAACAUUUAUAACUCGUUCCUAGUUUUUAUUAAUUCGCAUCAACGCAGUCCUUUGAAAAUAAAUAACGUAAAUGAAAAACCGGUUGACAAUAAUAAUGCACAGCAUUCUCAAGCAGAUGUACCAUGUCGUUCAUGCACUGAUUUCCGGACGUUUAGUCGUAUGAGACGUCAAGAAUUUAGUCAAAGUCAGGUUCAUUCACUGAGUAGCCAAUCUAAAGAUAAUAAUGAUGAAACCAAAAUACUAGAACACCAAAGAGAUGAUUGUCCCUUAGAUAAAGAUGAAUUAGGUCGUAGUACGUGGAAAUUACUUCAUACCAUAGCUGCCACAUAUUCAGAUGAACCAUCACAUGAAGACCAGUCUAACAUGGAACAAUUCAUUAGAUUAAUACCAAAAGUCUAUCCUUGUGAAGUUUGUGCUAACGAUUUUUCUGAAAUAUUAACAUAUCAUCCACCAAACAUUAGCUCUCAAAAGUCAUUUGCAAAAUGGAUGUGUGAAGUACACAAUAUGGUAAAUCGGAAAUUAGAAAAGCCUCUAUUUGACUGUUCUAAAGUAAAUGAACGAUGGCGUGAUGGUUGGGCUGAUGGACAUUGUGAAUAAUAUUUUAGCAAACCAAAUUAGAUUUAUAAUACAGAAUUAUAACUUCAUACAAAAUAUUUUAAAAUAAAUAUUCUGGAUUUUUUAAAUCAUUAUUAAUUAUGAAUAUAAUAUAUUUUUAAUUUUUUUUUCUCUUGAAGUAUAGUGUGUAAUAUUCUAUUUAUACAAAAAAUGUGAUGCUUAGAAUUAUUGCGUUUUAAUUAGUUAGGGGUUAACUAUUGAACAUAAACUAACAUACAUAUUAUUAUUUGUAAAAAUGUAAAAUUUGUUAUAAAUUGUUACCAACUGCUCAAAUGCUUCUGAAAAAGAUACUAUUUGUUAUUUAGAUCGCAUAUCUAUAAUAUAUUAUUCAUCACCACUACAGGAAUAUAUUGUUGUAACUUAAUUUCUUAGUUGUAUUUUAGAUUCUAGUUCUGACCAAUUGAGUAUUAGAGGUCAAAGACAAUUACACUGAAGAACUUACAUGGAUAGUUAUUAUUUGUCUGCUGUAUUGUUUUUUUCAUACUAUAUUUUACAAGUGAAAUUUCAAUUAUUUCAAUACUAUGUAUAAAUAAUAAAUACAUUCAAAAAUGUAUUUGUUCUAAUGGAAAUCAUGAUAAAGUAAUGAUAAGUAUGGAAACUAAAAUGUGUAGGUAACAUAAUAUCAGUAUUAUAUUAUGUCUUAAACAUUAUUCCAAUUGCCUUUAUGAGCAGUUCUUAAACUAUGGUCCGCGAAGCCAUCAAUAUUAAAAUAAUGAUUAUGAUAACAUCAGAUAUUAUGUAAAAAUUGCUAAGAGAUCCGCGAUUUUCAAGUCUUUCAUCAGGGGUUCUACAUAUGUUUUAGAAACGAUGGUCUGCAUAAUUUAAUACAUCCCCUUAAGCCCAUUCAGACACCUAGUUCAUCAAUAAGUAUUAAUUACUAAUUAUCAUUUUAAGUGUCGCUACUGGGUGACAUAUUUGUCUAUUUUAUUUCUGACCCAUGUCUUAACUGAUUGAAUAUUUUUAUUGUAAAAAAUUAAUGGUACUUGUUUGUUAUUGCCCCACAAGGCAACAUUAAGUCAGCGCCUUUAAUCUAAAAUUUUUAUAUUUCUCUAUAUCUAAAUAUUUUAUGUGUAGAUUCAUCUGCUUGUGAUCUAUUUAUUAAAAAAUGUUAAAUAUUUCUUAUACUAUUUGAAAUUAUAUCUUAUUAUAUUAUAAUAAAUUAUGU